AUGCCGUUGGCGUCUGGGCUGUGCGAGGACAUCGUUGGCCCAUGUCCAGCUUCUCAUCCAGCAGCAGCCCCAAGUCGUCCUCCGCAGGGCUGCUGCCAGUCUGCUCACCCCCCAGCCGUUGUUGAUAGCGGGGGCUGCCCUGACCCAGAUGGAAAUCCCAUGUUUGGGACAGCUGUAAAAAUUCUGAGUAAUAGCUCAGGAAUUUGUCAUCAAAUAGGUUAUCGUAAAAUCAAGCAAGGUCUCCUUCCUAGCUUAGAAGAUCUACUUUUCUAUACUAUUGCAGAAGGACAAGAAAAAAUACCAGUUCAUAAAUUCAUAACUGCACUCAAAUCUACAGGAUUACGUACAUCUGACCCCCGAUUGAAAGAGUGCAUGGAUAUGUUAAGACUGACCCUUCAAACAACUUCAGAUGGCGUUAUGCUGGACAAAGACCUUUUUAAAAAGUGUGUACAAAGUAAUAUUGUAUUGCUUACUCAAGCUUUCAGGAGGAAGUUUGUCAUUCCUGAUUUUAUGUCGUUUACUUCACAUAUUGAUGAGCUGUAUGAAAGUGCUAAGAAACAAUCUGGAGGAAAGGUUGCUGACUAUAUUCCACAACUGGCCAAGUUCAGCCCUGAUUUGUGGGGUGUGUCACUUUGCACAGUGGAUGGACAGAGGCAUUCUGUUGGCGAUACCAAAGUUCCGUUCUGUCUGCAGUCCUGUGUGAAGCCCUUGAAAUACGCUAUUGCUGUGAACGAUCUGGGCACGGAGUAUGUGCACAGAUACGUUGGUAAAGAGCCUAGUGGAUUAAGGUUCAACAAAUUGUUCCUGAAUGAAGAUGACAGGCCUCAUAACCCUAUGGUGAAUGCUGGAGCUAUUGUGAUCACAUCUCUAAUCAAGCAAGGAGCAAAUAAUGCAGAAAAAUUUGACUACGUGAUGCAAUUCAUGAAUAAAAUGGCUGGUAAUGAGUAUGUUGGAUUUAGUAAUGCAACGUUCCAGUCCGAAAGAGAGAGUGGAGAUAGAAACUUUGCAAUCGGCUAUUACUUGAAAGAAAAAAAGUGCUUUCCUGAAGGCACAGAUAUGGUUGCUAUACUAGACUUCUAUUUUCAGCUUUGCUCAAUAGAAGUCACGUGUGAAUCAGCAAGUGUGAUGGCAGCAACUCUGGCUAACGGUGGCUUUUGCCCUAUCACUGGUGAAAGAGUGCUGAGUCCUGAGGCAGUCCGGAAUACCUUGAGCUUAAUGCAUUCCUGUGGCAUGUAUGACUUUUCAGGGCAGUUUGCCUUCCAUGUUGGUCUUCCUGCAAAAUCUGGAGUUGCUGGUGGGAUUCUUCUGGUUGUUCCUAAUGUCAUGGGCUUGAUGUGCUGGUCACCUCCUUUGGACAAGAUGGGCAACAGUGUUAAAGGAAUUCACUUUUGUCAUGAUCUGGUUUCUCUGUGCAAUUUCCAUAACUACGACAAUUUGAGACACUUUGCCAAAAAGCUUGAUCCUCGCAGGGAAGGUGGUGACCAGCGGGUGAAGUCUGUGAUAAAUCUGCUGUUUGCUGCCUACACGGGGGACGUGUCUGCACUCCGGAGAUUUGCUCUGUCAGGAAUGGAUAUGGAACAAAGAGACUAUGACUCACGAACUGCCCUGCAUGUAGCAGCUGCAGAAG